AUGCCCGAACUCCAUAGUUCCCGCGCCAUGGAGACGGUCCUCGCCGUUCCGGAGCUCCUGGAGGCCAUCUUGGUCCAAGUCGACAUGAGGACGCUGCUGGUUUCAGCGUGCCGCGUGAGCAGGACCUGGAAAGCUCUCAUGGAUGAAUCUCCUGUCCUCCAACAAGCUCUCUUCUUCAAGCCGGUGUCCAAUGUGUCCAGAGCAGCCAUCCACGGGCUCGAGGGGGCCGCCUUCCCAAAAAUCCCAAGCGAAUACGCGCUUUCCACAAACGAUGCGCGACUCAUCAACCCUCUCCUCGCAGAGAAAUUUGACAAGUGCUUCUUCGACUUUGGGCCGACGUACUCGUAUCACCGUCGUGCAAACUCCUUCUACGAGCUUCCGUGGUCAACCCGCCCAGAACCGGUCCAGGCCGAACAAGAAUACUGGGGAGGCUGGAGCCAAGUCAGGCCGCUUGAGCUUGACGAAGAAUUAGCACAGGCCUUGGCAGAAUCCCGACGGCGGUUCACCCGUCGCGGCGCAAGCUGGCGGCGGAUGCUCGUCUCUCAGCCCCCACCUCCCUCACUGGGAUACAUGUGCUUUGAUAUCCGAAGCCUAGCGGCAGAGGACCAGCAAGUCUCCAGCUCGCUGAUUCAGCCAAGCCUUCAUACUGCCUCUGUAGGUCUCCAGAUGGGAGAGCUCUACGACGUUGUCCAGCACAAAUCUGGACAUCACGGGCGUCACUCUCUCUGGUUCAGGGUUCUCUGGGGCCAGCCAGCCGCUCGGUUCGCAUUUACGCACGUCAAAGACACAUUUGAGAAGUUGAUGGCGCAGACGAGUGUCGUCGUGGAGUUGAUGCACGCCGACGACUAUUCCCUCCCAAACCACCCGCAGGAUCCGGCGGAAGUUGGGGUAUUUGACGCUGCUUUUCGGUGCGAGGAGUACCGCGAGGUGAAGAUCGAGACCGAAGAGACGGGGGCAGAGGGCGCUGAGUUUCCUGACUUCCAUCCUGGUUAUGUUGUUUGGCAUUGGAAGCUGACCGACGACGAGAGGGCAUCCUGA